ACGUCAAACGUUUGUCAUACGUACACAAUGACGGUUUUUACGAUCUCUUAAUUACAGCUUUAAUUUCGUGAUUGUUAUGUUAUUGACGGUUUAAUGUCUUCAUAAUAACGAGUGCUUUAUUUACAUAUAUAAUUCAAAAAAUGUGCUUACUCGCAGGAAUACUGUUUUCCUUAUUAAUAUGCGAAAGUGUUUCACAAGGUCAGAGAUUUGGGGAUGGAUUUUCACAACCUGGACGUGACGGGUUCAGAGGCGGUCCCAGUGGCACUGGUGCAACGGUUCAGGGAAGAGGAGAUGGGUUCGGGUCCGGGGGCCAGUUUGGAGGUGGUAGCGGGUUUGGCGGCGGCGGCGGCGGUGGUGGUGGUGGCGCGGUUCCAGCUGUAGGAGAAUGCCCACGUGACCGUAGAAUUGAUGGGUUUAGAUGCUACGGUCGGGGCUCGGACGUGGCCGACUGUCCGUCAGGUUCCACUUGUAUGAGAGACGGAACUCCGUCAGGAUCAUUCUGCUGCUGGGAAAGUUCUACCCCCGUUCAGUCCGGUGAAGAGAACGUAUUGUCACCAUGUGAAGACCCGUUGAUGGAGGGAGGCACAUUCGCACAGUGUGUGCCAGGGGAUUCAGCUCAAGCUUGCCCUGGGUCAUGCCAUUCAUGCCGGGCUCUGGGUGGAGGAAUCGGAAUGGGCCUGUGCUGCCCGGAAAUAACCAGACGUGGCUGUGAAAACAGCAGUCCGAUGAGAAACGAAUUUGAGGCUGCACGCAGACGUAUCACCGGAAGUUCCGGAUCAACUGGUUCCGAUACUUCACUUAGUGCUGGUUCCCAGUUUCCAGACAGUGGCCAAGGUGCUCCUUCGCUGGGAACUGACUUUGGAAUGACCGGAAGUAGUAUCAGUGACGGUGAUGGUAGAAGAGUUUUAUGUCCCAAUGGUUUUCCUCCGGUACAAAGUUGUUCAGCAGCCACGCCCUGUGGAAUGGGUCAGGACUGUCUUGAGAUCAGUCCCGGUAGAGGGGGCUGUUGUACUUCCGGCAGAAGUGGAAGUGAACGCGGGUUUUCAGGUUCUACAGGGGCAUCUGCGGGUCGAGGGGAUAUGAUGUCUGGUAUGAGUAGAGGUGGUGGCGUUUGUCCGGACGGGGGACCUGGUAUAGGCAGAUGUUCCGCAACAACAUCCUGUGGUGCAGGACAAGCGUGUGUACCUGUAAGUAGUAGCGAGGGUAUAUGCUGUCCACGUGGCUCAGAAGGAAGAGGACUGGGAAUGCCGGGUAUAACCAGGGGACAAGGAUCUGGGGCUAUUGCAAGAACAGGCAUUCCAGCGUUAACAGGAAUGAGAGGCGACUCGGCAGGUGUUGCGCCUGGAUUGCCUGGAAGACCAGGUAUGUCGGCAAUGCCGGGCAUGCCAGGUGGAAUGGGUGGGUUUGGUCCAGGGGGGAUGGGAAUGCCGGGAAUGCCAGGUAUGCCAGGUAUGCCGCCAGCAGGCGGAAGGUUUGGCUCUGGAGCAAUGGGAGGACCUGGUGGUAUGCCAAUGAUGGGUGACAGAUCGGGCAGAAGAAUUCCGCUUGAGUUACUGGCAAGAAGACGGGAAAUGCUGAGAAGAGCUUUAGCUAGACGAAGAAUGUUAGCUUCUAGAGCGCCAUUUUCUAGAGGUGCUGCGUUUUAGAAGGAAAUUGUCCGGUUUCGUGUAUCCGAACUGGCUUCCACGAAUGUUAUGAAUCAAGUGAUUGCACGCAACCAAUGAGAUGUUGUCAACCUGCGAAUGGCUGCCAACGUCGCUGUGUUUAAAUUGCUUGGAGAAAACCCCAAAAGUCGAUUAUUUAUUCCUAUAUAUAUAUGUAUGUGUUGCACAUAAUGUUAAAAAAAUCGAAUGCCAUUAAUGUCUGUACAGCAGAUAAUUGUUUUAUUUUGAACUUAAAUGCCUGUAAUUAUUAAAGAUUUAUGGUAUA